CCGGUUGACUUCACAAACGGGACAACUAGCGUGCUCGUUCCGGGCGGGGCCACCCGUGCGCAGGCCACCGCCAGACCCCGGCAGCUGCUCGCGGCCUUCCUGGAGGAUGUGAGGAGACACGAUGCUGAGAGUGCUGUUGACGGUUGAGAAGGUCAAUUUGGGUCUGGAGGGAGCGCAACUGUACCUGGAGCCAGCAGCAGCAGCAGCAGCAGCAGCAGCAGCAGCAGCAGCAGCAGCAGCAGCAGCAGCAGCAGAGAGCCACAAGGGGGCGACUGUGAGCUUUUGGAUACUGCGUAGACUCUAUGGAGAUUGAUGUCUGGGGAUGCGACCAGAAGCUUGGGGAGAGGCAGCUCUCCCCCAGGGCCGGUCCCCGAGGGUGUGAUCCGCAUUUACAGCAUGAGGUUCUGUCCUUACUCGCACAGGGCUCGCCUGGUCCUCAAGGCCAAAGGCAUCAGGUAUGAAGUUAUCAACAUUAACCUGAAGAACAAGCCUGAGUGGUACUUUACAAAACACCCUUUUGGCCAGAUCCCUGUCCUGGAGAACAGCCAGGGUCAACUUAUCUAUGAAUCCGUCAUCGCUUGUGAGUACCUGGAUGACCUCUACCCAGGAAGGAAGCUGUUUCCAUUCGACCCUUAUGAACGAGCUCGCCAAAAGAUGUUACUGGAACUAUUCUGUAAGGUCCCUCACUUAGCCAAGGAAUGUCUGGUAGCGCUGAGAUGCGGGAGAGAGUGUAUGGAUCUGAAGACUGCCCUGCGUCAGGAGUUCCGCAACCUGGAAGAGGUUCUUGAAUAUCAGAACAUCACGUUCUUUGGUGGAGACCGUAUAUCCAUGAUUGAUUACCUCUUCUGGCCCUGGUUUGAGCGUCUGGAUGUAUAUGGACUAUCUGACUGUGUGAGUCACACCCCGAUGCUGCGGCUCUGGAUAUCCACCAUGAAGCAGGACCCCACAGUCUGUGCCCUGCUCACCGACAAGAACAUCUUCCUAGGCUUUCUGCAUCUCUAUUUUCAGAACAACCCUUGUGCCUUUGAUUUCGGCCUGUGCGCCCCAGCCAUUCGGUGACUGCUGCGGCCGCCAGGAUUCUCAGCCUAUGUGACUCUGCAUCCCAGCUGCCUGGGGGACCAAUGCAUUUCUGUUCUGUUCUUUUUGGAGGUCUUUAAUAAACAUGGAAAUGUAAAA